AUGAGCGAAGAAUUAACUCUAAUGAAAAUUAAGCAGAAAAUAUUUUGGGCAGAUUAUUAUAAAGAAAGACAUAAAUUCAAGAAUUUCAAUUUUCGUAAACAUGGAGUUACUAUUAAUAAUGAUUUUUUGAGUGCCUUAGCAAAUAAUGAAUUUUUGACAGCUCAACAUCUUAUUUAUUUCUAAAAAAUGUUUUCAUUUUAUUAUGGAGAAUUUUUAGUAUAUAUUUUAUUGACUAUAAUAGGUACUUUCAUUAGAUUGUCAUGUGUUUCCAGAAUUUAUUCCAGAUAUUACAAAUUUUAUACUUCCAAAUAUGAUAGCUACUUAAUUUAAUUAGAAAUCUACUCUAUAAUCUUAAAAUUCAUUUUCAAACUUUGAAUAAUGUUAGUAAUAAGAAGAAUAAUAAAAUCAAUAGACUUAAAAUCAAAAUAGUUCAAUAUUCUAUAAGACUUUAAAUCUCAUUAAAUCCUUAAAUCCAUUAAAGUUCUUUGGAAAAUAAUUACCUAAAUAAGAAGAAAUUGAUUUUUAAGAGAAUUAUUCAAAUUCAUUCAUUACAAAUUAAUAGAAUAUAGAUACUUAAUAAAAUUAAUAAAUAUUAUAAAAAUUCAAUUUUUAAGUGAAGAACAUUACUUAUUUAAAAAAAGAUCCAUAAAAAUCUUCUUAAAUAAUUGCAAAAAGUGAAAUGAAAAUUAAUAAUGUAAUAUUUCUUGAAAAUGAGAAAGGAAAAUAUCAAUUUAAAAAAUUGAAUAUAUAAUUAGAAAAUUUAAAAAACAGAUACAAAUUUUCAACUCUUAAUUAAUCUAACUUUUUCAGUCUAUUUAAAUAUACUUAUAUUCCUAUUAAUUUAUAAAAUAAUCAUUGGCUUUGUGCUAUUGUUGAAUUUAAGGAAAAUAAGAUUUAAUAUUUAGAUUCUAAUUUUGCAAUAUCAAAUAAUGUUGUUGAAGGUUUAGAAAAAAUGCUAAAUUAUAAAGGAGAAUAAACAAAAUGGUAAAUCAUAUAUAAUAGUCCUAAAUAAGAAAACAGGUAUAAUAUUUAUAUCUUAUUAUAUUAGUUAUGAUUGUGGAAUAUUCUGUUUGAUGGCCUUAUAUUAACUUUAUAAAACAGGUAAAUUUAUCUAAACACAUUCAUAUAAUUAAUAAGAUAUUUAUAGUUUUAGAAAAUAAUUACUUUACUUAGCUAUAAUUGAGAGUCAAAGUGAUAUUAAUUAAAAAUUACUAAAUAUAAUUUUAGAUUUUAAACAUAAAAAUUGA